GAAGAGGGGCAGAGAGAGUGAGGCAGAGGUAGAGAGAGAAGGAUUUAGUGAUUUUCCAUCGUAAGUAGAGGAAGAAACCACAGAUCCUCUUCUCGCACCUUCAGGAAAACAACAGCCGAAUGUGGAAGAAGAAUGAAAAAAAGGAUAUGAAAAGAACAUGAAAGAAAGAAGUCAUCAUUAAAUACAUUUCUCUCUUGCCCUCUCUUCCUCCAUCUCGCACCUCUCUCAGUUUCAUCUUAAAUCCACUCAACUUUCCCCCGGGGACUCAGUUCUCUUGUUUCAUAAGAAGAGGUCUCAUUCCUCCUGGCAGACUGACACCAGGAAUUUCCUCUUUCUCUCUGUUCCACUGCCGUCAUGACGCUGCUGGCCUCCGAGAGGUCGCUUCUCAUCCGGAACAAGUUCCGCUCAGUGCUGCAGUUGAGGAUUCAGAACCGGAGACAGAGUGAGAUCAAUGCGGACUCUGGGUUAAAAACAGCAGCCUCCCAGAAACCAGAGAAGGACCAGGGUGAAGCUCUGCACCGAGCGGAUGAUGCCACACAGAAGUUGCCCCCAAGUGGUCAGAACAUUGACACUGCACCAGAUAGCAGAGUAUCCGGAGCCCAAAGGAAGAAGAAAACUCGACAGGCUCAGGACCUCGGUGAGAGGAUACAACAUCCGCCUGCAGAUCAACAGCACAAACACACUCUGCCCUUGGAGAACUGCCCUGCCUCCUUUCAGCUGUCCUCUGAUGUCUUCGAAGAUGACAUGUCCUCCAGCUCCUCCUCUUCACCCAAUGAGCGGCACUGUGUGCACCAAUCACCGGCCUUCUCCUUGCUACCAGGGCUCUCCGGCGACCAAUUGCUGAGGGAAUUCUCUGCUGCUGGUCAACCUUUCAGUCACAGUCCUGCUCAGUCUGGCUUGCCUCUGCUCCCGGCAACCGAGGGCAUCAGACAACCAAUGUGCGUAGCAACUGGUGAAUCAAAUGCCAUGGUUACCUCUGGGAGACCCAAUGGGAUCUUCCUGACUUCUCCAGCCACGCCACUGCUGCCAAAGACAGCACGGCCUUCUACUCCCACCUGUUCUCCAUCGUUGUCAACCCCCCUCACGUUUAACCAACUCCCCCAUCCACGGAAAACCAGGGAAACCAAACCCAAGAUGAAGAAACUUAAGUAUCACCAGUACAUUCCUCCAGACCAACGUGGAGUGUCAGGAAAUGGAGUGGGAGGAGCCAAACAGAAGGGCCCUACCACAGUCCAGCCUUUAGACAACCUCCUCAAGCAGCAACAGGUUUUUCUGCAACUGCAAAUCCUCCAAAGCCAGCAACAGCAGCAUCAACAACAAUGCACGCUUGUCUCCAGUGGUGACUGCAAUGACCUUGGGAAGUCCUCUGGAGCAAUGUCAUUAAACCCUCACCCUGAUGGAGCCACAACAAAUCACACACCUGCGGAUACCAACCCCAUGUCCAAACCAGAACUCUUGCCUGCUAACCUUGAUGACUUGACAGUAUCAGAGUUGAGGCAGCAGCUUCGAAAACGGGGCCUCCCUGUCUCGGGAACCAAGCCUACUCUACUGGAACGUCUUCAGCCCUUUCAGAUCCCCCAGGCCUGCCUUGCCCCUGCUCCACUCUGCCAGCUAGGAAACAGUAUAAAUCCUCUUAAUCCCUGCCAUCCAAUAGCUGCCAACCGGAGCCCAAGCUCUGGCUCUGGACCGGACUCACCAAGCAGCAGUCCAAACCAACAGAUAUACAUUCAGGAUCAAAGUGUCCCUCUUGGGAUUCCAGGUGAAACCCGUAAUGGUAUUCCGAUAGGUUUCUCCAAUGUGGUUCCAGUCAGCCUGGCAGGUGAGCAGUGUGGUCUUACCAACACUGUGUACAUUGCACCAGCCAGUACUGCCUCUGGAACGCCAAGUCCCACUCUACCAAUGUCUUCAUCGUCACCCUUUCAUGCUGGGAACCUUUGGCGGACAGAUAAUGACCAGCAGCAUCAGCAACAGCAGCAUGAGCUAAGUGUGGAGCUGGAGAUGAGGGAGAGAAUACGGACCCGGCCCAGAGACCGAGCCGCCAACAACAAUGAGUCUUGUGGUGGAUCCCUACAUCCAUUCCUGCAACAGGAUCCUGGAUGUUCCAAUGGGAAAACAGAAACCGAUCCCUCAAGAGAAGUGUUGUUUACACAGGUGUUUUGUAGCCAACCUUGUCACGUGAUUGACCAGAACUUUGAGUUGCCAGUACAGAUUACAGCCAGCCCUGAUCAAACUGCACCCACUGUCCGAAGUUUGGAAGAAGAGCUGCAGGAGGCCAUCCAGAAAGCGCAGAUGGACCCUAUGCAGUCAAUUGAUGACAUAUUGGAUUCAACUGAACUGUACUCAACUGAUUGUACCAAUAUGUCGGAUCCAAAGUCACCCAACCACCAACCCGUUGUUCCAGCCUCUUCUCCACUGCCCGAUCGAUCCCAAACAUCUCCUGAGGUCACUAAAGAUGACAUCCCCAUGCCCUCACCCCUUUGCUCAUCCCUCUUGCUGGAGCUCCCGCCUUCUCCCGCUGUGAUUGCCCCAAGCCAAACGAUGCCUGCCCCCCCGCCUCCACGAAUUUGUUCCUCUCCUCUGUCCUCUGCUGCCAGAAAGUCACGGAAGCGCCGUGCUCCGUCGACAUUUGACGCUGCAGACUGGCUUGAAACGCUGACAUCUGGCUUUCGACCACUUACCCCACCGACGGCACCGUUUGUCGAGACUGACUUCAGUUUGGAUUCAGAUCUGAAUGUCAACCGAGUGUUGGAUCUAAUGAUAGAGCAGUGGUGAGGACGAUGAAUGCAAACUGGUUUGUAUGUGGCUUUAGUGAAUCGAAGGAAAGCACUGUUUUUAGAAGAAUGUGAAUGUUUGCACACCUACGAGGGCACAAAAUCCAUUCAUCCAUCCAUUUGAGUCUGGUUCCACGCAAUGUCGAGAACCUGACUCACUGGGAAAAUUGGCUCAAUCCAAGCUUUAAUGUAGCUGCACAUACACACUACAGAGCUUCUUAAAAGCACUCUGCCGUGCUGGCAAACCCAUCAGCGGAUUUACACACUUGAUCGCAGAAACAACGAAAAAGCUGGUGACAUAUUAAUCUAGAGACAGUUUGUGGCUUCACUGGGAGAAUUCUGUUUCUGACUUAUCUCCAAAACCUGUUGUCGUACUGGGUUGAAAGUAGCCCCUGGUGUUGACUCACUCAUUGAGUCUCAGCCAUUCGUAAAGCCCAUUUAGAGUGUGUAAAGCCAGGCAGAGCACACAGCUUGUGUGUGGCUCCAGACCUUAACCCCGGUGCCAGACACACAGUCGGCAUGCCGAGAGAAAAAGCUGGCUGCGGCUACAAACAAGCUGUGUGUGUGUGUGGUCAUUUUCAACCUAGUGUGUGUGUGUUUAACAUGUCAGUGUGUAACUGUGCACACUUUCAGGUUUUUUGUUGAACUGGUCAACAUGAACAAUCCCAUGUCUACUGACUUGUACUUUACGGUGUGAUCAGUGUCAGCCUGUGUGUGGCCGAUGUGAGAAGAAGUGUAUCUACGAUCCAACCUUCCAGCCCACUUUCGGUGCAGUUAUACUGUGUAAUCACAAGAACAGCCACAUUAUAUUGCACCACCAGUAGCGCAAUCAGGGAACUGCCACCAAAAAUAGUCUCCAUACAUACACAACAAUCAGACAAGUUUCCUCAUCAGCCUGUUGAAGUGGUUGGUCAUUUUGUUCUCUGAUUAACCCCCAACUGAGUCUGGCUCACUAUUUGGAACCUGAAGUGAGACCAAUGAAGCCGGAAAUAGCACUUGCUGUGAACACUAACAGUCCGCGAGUGAUGUGUCUGACCAUUGGAGAAUCUUAUUUCAGGGUUGCUCUUCCUACUAGGCAGGAGAAAAACUGGAGGUCAGGUUUGGAUGGAGAAAAUCUAGACUUACGUCAUGUACCUGUGAAGCGGUGCCCCUGAAGCCCAAUGUCUGACGCCCGCUCUGUUUGCUGAUUUUAUGUGACCAAGAUGGAUUGUUUUGAUUGGUGAUCUUACUUUUAUAUGGAAAUUGUUUUGUUAAUUUAUUUGCUUGUGUAAUGAAAUCCAAAGCGUGAUGACCCCCUUACUCAACUCCAUCAUCCAUAAUGAAAUAGCCAUUACUACAUGCUGUAGUAGAGACAAGAACACAUCGACAGUCAGUUUGGCGAGUAGUGACUGGCCUGCUCUGGAGGGAGAGGAACUCUCCUUAUCAGAUGAAUCCCCGAAAAUCGUGCGAUUUUGCUCAUUUUCAUGUCAGUAGGGUGUGUGCAGGAGGACUUGUGUAAAGGGCACAGCUUGUGACAGAUGUGGGGUCACACUCUGUCCAUGUUUUUCUAUGUAAAUCUUGUCGUGUCACCAGCUGCCAGCCUCUUUCUCCGAUGACGUGCUGCUGUCCUGCCAAGCAAGACAGUGGGCAAAUUAUUGGAGCGAGAAUUUGUCUUUGUCAACACAAUAGCUUUGUGAUGAGGCCGCUAUUGUUCGGCUUUUACAAUGUAGACAAUAAGAAAUGCAGCAACAUGUGGACGGGCGGCCAUGACAAUCAUGGCAGUCAAUACAUUUUGCAUGCUGCAGACAAAAAAAAAAAGCCUCGGCAGGAGAGUAUGAUGCGACCUCCUGUGACUUCCAUUGCUUUACAUUAUCCUUUUGUUAUUUCAAUUUCCUAACAUGCUGCGUUCUUUCCUGUUCCUAAGACACCCCAGACGAACAAACAUGCACCUCUGAGUCAAUGGAUGAGGUCAUCUGGUUGCCACAGGAGCAUGUGCUGCAGUCAUGUGCCUUUACUUU